AUGAAUAUUGAAGAUUGGUCAAAAUUAGUUAAUCAAUUAUUACCUGAGCAAAAAUCAGAAAAUAAUAAUGGUAAUAGAUAUUUAAUUGAAACUUUAUCAAUGGGAAAAAGAAUUGUUGAACCAAAGAAUUGGUAUUCAAAUUUAUCAGAAAUUGAAAUUAAAAAAAAUAAAAAAUCAAAUACUUUUCACUCAAAAACCAAACCAAUAAUUAAACAACACCAAAAUCAAAAUAAAGAAGGACUAAUUAUUAAAUUUCAACCAAGAUUUCCAAUAAUUGAAUUAGCAACUUCAAAUUUUAUUGAAUUAUUAUUUAAUGAUUUAUCAAUUAAUAAUAAUAAUAAUAAUAAUAUUUAUAAUAAUAAUAAUAAAAUUGAUAUUCAAAAUAAUAAUAAUCAUAAUAAUCAUAAUUAUAAUAAUAAUAUUACACCUUAUUCAGAAUUUGGUAUAAUUAAAGUAAAAGAUUCAUUAAUUUAUCCAGUAAUAAUACAAAAUCAUAUUAAAGGUGAAAGUUUAUAUGAAGUAAUUAAAAAAGGUGACCCUGAAAGAAAGUUGGAUAAUUUAGAUCCUUAUUCUUUAUCAAAAUUAUUAAUUACAACCAUUUUAAUUAAUCCUUAUCAUUCCGAUUUUAAUGAUUUUAUUUUAAUUCCAAUUAAUAAUAAUAAUAAUAAUAAUAAUAAUAAUAAUAAUAAUAAUAAUAAUAAUAAUAAUAAUAAUAAUAAUAAUAAUAAUAAUAAUAAUUUUAAUAGCGAAGAGGAUGAAAGUGAUACAAUGACAAGUUCAAGUUCUAAUAGUAGUACUAGUACUAGUGGUAGUGGUGCUUGUAGUAGUAAUAAUAUUAAUAUUAAUAAUAAUAAUAAUAAAAUUAAAUAUAAAAUUAUAUCAGUUAAUAAUGAAUUAUCAUUUUUACCAAAUUCAACACAAAUUUUAAAAGAAGGUUGGUUUUGUUCAACAAAAUUCUCACAUCAAACAACAUCAUUAUUAUAUUUAUUAAAACAAAUUCAUAAUAAAGUUGAUGAUAGGGUAAUUGAAAUCAUUAAAUCAUUAGAUAUUUUAAAAUUUUUAAAAGAUUGGAUAACCUCAAUAAAUGAUUUAAAUGAUAAAUCAAUUCAAUUAUUAAAUAAAUCAAAUCAUUUAAUAAUAAAUAGAUCAAAAAGUAAUUUUAAAAAUAAUCAAAAUCAAAAUAAUAAUAAUAAUAAUGUAAAUGUAAAUAUUAAUGAAGAAAUUAUUAAAAGUGGUAAUGAUAAUACACAUUUUGAAAUCCAAUUGCCAAUUGGUUUAAUUAAAUCAUUAUAUUGUAAAUUAAUAAGAUUAAAAAAUGAAUUUAAUAAAUUAAUUAUACCAUUAUCACCAAAUCUAAAAGAUAAUAAUAAUAAUAAUAAUAAUAAUAAUAAUAAUAAUAUUAAUAAUAAUAAAAAUGAAAUUAAAAAUAAAAAUAAAACACAUUGGGAAUUAUUAGAAAUUAUUGAACCAAUUGUAUCAAAUAGGUAUUGGAUUAAUCGUAGUAAUAAUAAUAAUAAUAAAAAAGAAGGAAAUGAAAAAAGAAAAAAUCAAAAUUGUCAAGAAUUAUUUGAAAAAUUUGAAAAGAUUAAAAAUGAUCAAUAUUUAAUAAUUGAUCAAGAAUUACCAUUAUUAUCAACAUUGAUAAAUGAGAGUAGAGUUAAAUCGUAUUAUAAACAAAAUGAUAUUUCAACAAGUUUGCCAACUUCAAUAAUACUAUUAAAUGAAUUGAAUAUAAUUAUUAAUGAAUUAAAAAUGGUUAAAGAAUUUAAUGAUGAUAUCGUGGGUUCAAAAUUACUAAACUCAUUUGAAAAAGAGAAGAAAUUAUCAUUACUAAAUUUCACAAGUAUAAUAAUAGAAGAGUAUGUUAACAAUAAUCUAUCAAACCAAGUUUGGACAAAGUUUGAAAAAAUCAUAUUUAAAAUAUUAUCAAACUCAAAUGAUCUUAGAAAUAUUGUUAUUAGGAAUAGUGUACAACUAUUCACAAAUAAAUUAUUCAAUACGGUUCAAUCGUUAUCGGUAUUAAGGAAAAUUAAACUAGUUAAUUGUUUGAAUUUAACUGAUUUUUCAAAUCACUCUGAUUUAGGCGGUGAAUUGAAGUUACCAUCUUUAUCGAAAUUACAAUUAAUAGAUUGUAAAAAUUUAAAAACAAUUUCUUUAACUGCUUAUAACUUACAUUCAAUUAAAAUUACAAAUUGUAUGGAUUUAGUUGAAUAUCAAAUUUAUUCACCUGAAUUGUUUAAAUUGGUUUAUCAAUUCUCUUUAAUCAAUUUAAAUAAUUAUAUUAAGUUUUCAAAUUGUUCUUAUUUACAAUUUAUUGAUAUUAGUAAUUGUAAAUUAGUUAAAGAAUCAAUUACAACUUUAGAUUUAAAUAAAUGGAAAUAUCUUGUUGAUUUAAAAGCUGAAAAUGUACAAUUCCUUGAAAAAAUCAUUUUAACUGAAAAUUUAAUUUAUCUUCAAUCUUUAGAUUUUACAAAUUGUCAAUCAUUCAAUGAAAUCAUUUUUAAACAAAAUAGUUGUUUAAAUUUAAAAAAAUUAAUUUUAAUUGGUACUCAAAUUCAAAAUCAAGAAAUUCAAUUAAUAAAUUUAUUAAAAUAA